CCUUCUUCCUCCCCCAUUCAGCUGAAGAAGCUGGACCUGGCAGCCGCCGCAGCUCACACCUUCUUUGUAGCAAACCCCACGCACCUGCAGAUGCGGGAGGACAUGGCUAAGUACCGACGGAUGUCUGGGGUUCGGCCGCAGAGCUUCCGGGACCUGGAGACGCCCCCACACUGGGCAGCCUAUGACUCAGGCCUAGAGCUCCUGGGGCGCCAGGAGGCAGGACUGGCACUGCCCAGGCUCGAGGAGGCCCUGCAGGAGAGUCUGGCUCAGGUGGAGAGCUGCCGCGCUGGCUGCGAGGGGCCUGAGGAGCAUCAAAGAGAGGAAGAGGAGGAAGGAGCUGGGAGCCAGGGGGGUCUCUAUGAGGCUAUAGCCGGGCACUGGAUUCGGGUCCUGCAGUGCCGGCAGCGCUGUGUGGAGGAAACAGCCACACGCCCUGGUCGAAGCUUCCCUGUCCCCGACUUCCUGCCCAGCCAGCUGAGGCGGCUGCAUGAGGCCCAUGCUCAGGUGGGGAAUCUGUCCCAGGCUAUGGAAAAUGCCCUGAGUGUCCUGCUCUUUUAUCCGGAGGAUGAGGCCGCCAAGGACGCUCUGAACCAGUACCAGAGCCAGCUGGGAGAGCCGAGACCCGGCCUGGGGCCAAGAGAGGACAUCCAGCGCUUUGUCCUUCGGUCCCUGGGCGAGAAGAGGCAGCUCUACUAUGCCAUGGAGCACCUGGGGACCAGCUUCAAGGAUCCUGAUCCCUGGACUCCAGCAGCUUUCAUCCCCGAGACACUGAGAGAAAAGCUCAGAGAGGAUCAAGAGCAGCGACCUUGGGACCAUGAGCCUCCACAGCCGAAGCCCUUGACUGACUGGAAGGAUGUCCUCCUUCUGGAGGGAGUAACCCUGACCCAGGAUGCAAGACAGCUGAAUGGGUCAGAGCGAGCGGUGCUGGACGGCCUGCUCACCCCAGCUGAGUGUGGGGUGCUGCUGCAGCUGGCCAAGGAUGCAGCUGAGGCUGGAGCCAGGUCUGGCUAUCGGGGCCGCCGAUCCCCUCACACCGCCCACGAACACUUCGAGGGGCUCACGGUGCUGAAGGCUGCACAGCUGGCCCGCGCUGGCGCUGUGAGCACUCAGGGUGCUAAGCUGCUCCUGGAAGUGAGCGAGCGUGUGCGGACCUUAACUCAGGCCUACUUCUCCCCGGAACGGCCCCUGCAUCUCUCCUUCACUCACCUGGUGUGCCGUACUGCCAUCAAAGGGGAGCAAGAGCAACGCAUGGACCUGAGUCACCCCGUGCAUGCCGACAACUGCGUUCUGGACCCUGACACGGGAGAGUGCUGGCGGGAGCCCCCAGCCUACACUUAUCGAGACUACAGUGGACUCCUCUACCUCAACGAUGACUUCCAGGGCGGGGACCUGUUCUUCACAGAGCCCAACGCCCUCACUGUCAGGGCGCAGGUUCGUCCUCGCUGCGGACGCCUUGUGGCCUUCAGCUCUGGUGGGGAGAACCCCCACGGUGUGUGGGCCGUGACUCGGGGCCGGCGCUGCGCCCUGGCCCUGUGGCACACGUGGGCACCUGAGCACAGGGAGCAGGAGUGGACAGAAGCCAAGGAGCUGCUUCAGGAGCCGGAGCAGGAGGAGGAGGAGGGGGACGAGGAGGAGGAAGAAACGCCCAGCAGAGACCCUUCUCCAGAACCCCCCGGCCGCAGGCCUCAGGGGGUCCAGGACAAGACUGGGAAGCCGCCUCGGGUCCGAGAGGAGCUGUGAGGGGCUGAGCUAGCUCCUCGGGGACGCGGCCACUUGACUCAUGAAGGGCUGCCUCGGUGCCAGGACCCACACGAGGGCCCCUGUGACAGGACCAGCACAGCGAGCGCUCUGUCCCUGCACCCCCACCGUCUUGGGGAUCACAAGGGCCAUCCAGCCCUGGGCUCAGAGGACACUGCACACACCAGCCUAGAACUCGUCCGGUCUGAGGAGUCAGGCCUGGCCCCAGCUGAUGGACCUGCAGCCCUAGGACAGACCGAGGACACGGUGCCUCCCUGGGAAGAAGUGGCCGGGGCAGGGCCUGACUGCUUCAGAUGAGGAGGAUGAGCGGGGAGAGUAAGCCCCGCCCUCCCCCAGCCUGUCAAUAAAGAACGUGAAGACCCUCAGCCGGG